AGUCCAUUAACCCCCCAAAAGGGAAUUAUUCUUCGUUUCAAUGUCAAAUAUGAGCUUCAGGAAGCAGCUAUUAAUGAAAGCUUUUUCGCAUUAUUCGGGCCUCAGCCCGUUGAUGAUUACUACUCCCAUCUGAUUCCGCCCAACGAAUCUUCCAAGAUGCAUAUCGUCCUCGACCUUCACUGUAAAAGCAAACCGGUUGUCGACACACAUGCAAUACCAUACGAGGUCUUUAAGGUCAAAAAGAACGGUGGAUUGUAUCUGUCCCAGUCCCUGAGAAGAGUGUGCUUGUCGCUAACAAGUCAGUCACUUCAAGCGGCUCAACAGCUCUGCGGGCGAGGUUGCUCGCUCGCGCUGUGA